AUGGAAGCUCCAGUAACACUUGAUUCCUACUUUAGCAUUGUGGAUGAUUUCUUUCGAAAAACGUUUCGGGACGAGUCACUUGUAGUUUUGGCCUUAAAAACUACGCAGGUUUCAUCGUUAAGUGACAAGGACAAACUUUUUACCGGUCAACCAGACAACGCCGAGGUUGUUAAUCGCAAGGUCCACCCCUUUCGGUUGUCUUCCGUGGAGACAGCCACCGCGGUCGCGCCGUCGCCAUCCGCCUCAACCAACGUCCUGACCUUUUCCCCCCGGAUGUUCCUCAAUCACGAUGGGAAAGCGCUUGGAAAGGUGAAGCUUUCCUGCCUUUUCGACAUCCCGCGGGUCUGUCGUGCGGCGCAGAGCCUCAUGCUCAACAGCGAUGGCGUGGUGAUGGGCAAGACGGAGCUGCGGGAGCUGCUGGAGGGGCUGGUUGUGCGGGGUCGAGUCUCGGUCAACACCAUCGCCCCCGCCUCCGCGGACGUCACAGCGCUGACGGUGUCGUACCGACGGAACGACCUCUACUACUCCACCGGCUACCAGCGGAACGGGCUGGGGAGCAGCAACCUCCUUGUGAGCUGCGGGACGACCUUUUUUAACAUCCUCGCCGGCGCGGGCUUUGAGCACCAGCGGCUUUCCUACCUCGAGCAGCGGGAAGGGGACCCCGGGCAGCUCGGCGUGCUCUACGCCGGCCUCGGCUUCACCGGCGUCGACUGGGGGGUCGCGGCGAAGAUGACUCGGACCACGGACGCCUGGAGUGGGGUCCGGCUCGCGCUGAUGCAACGCCUCGCGGCCUCGACCCUCGUGGCGUGUGCCUACGACUUCGACCUCGUAGCCUCGCGGGCCCACGUCACCCUGGGCUUCUCACAGGGCCUGCCGAUCUGCGUGCCGAACUUUGCGCGGUCCGCGGCGGUGGGGGCGAGGGCAGGGUCCACGAACGGGGCCUACGCGCCGGUCUGGGUCACCCUCACGAAUUGGGUGCUCGCGUGCAAGGCGGAGAGUACGGGGCUCUGUGCGGCAACGCUGCGGGGAUGGUUUAACGACGCCAUCCGGUGGGGUGUGGUGGUGCAGAAGAACGUUCUACAGAAGGACAGCACACUGCGCUUCGGGCUGACCCUUUCGAUGGAAAAGGGUUGA